CAUUGCCUGUUGCCCUGGCAGGCACUUCAGCUAGUAAAUCCAAUUAGCACUACACUACACUACACUACACAACACACACACACACAAAUAUCUCUCGAAGGGCGUUGCGACUUAGCUUUAAUCCCUAACUUAACUUUAUAUUCUUUUUUAUGCGCUUACAGACACGCAGCAGCGACAGCGACAGCGACGCCAGUCAAGAUGUCGGAUCAGCAGCGUGCCUCGUUAUGUCCAAGGCUAGUGGAUUAUAUGGCCAUUGUGGGCGCCCAUACCACGCCACCCAUGCCCAAGGGCAUGCCAGCGAGCAAGGCGCCACCAGUGCAGGUGCCUGACCUACUGCGUCGCUAUCCACCCUCAGAUCAUGCGGACUUUCCGUUGCCAUUGGACAUGGUUUACUUCUGUCAGCCCGAGGGCUGCACCAGCGUGGGACCGCGACGCACUGGCUCCGCCAUACGCGACAUGACAUCGUUUGUGUUCGCGCUGACCGACAAGGAUUCGGGCAAGACACGCUAUGGCAUCUGUGUGAACUUCUAUCGGCCCAUUGAGCGACCCUGCUCGAGUGCAGCGGCUGCGGCGAAUGCAGCGGCGGCGGCAGCAGCAGCGGAGCGUGGUGGCAAUGGUGCGCCAGCUGGUCAUUUGGCUGGUGGUGGUGGAGCACGUGGUCGUCGCUCGUCUGCAUUUCGACGCGAGUCCUGGCGCAAGAGCAUGGAACGCAGCUCCGAUUCCGCUUUUAGCAGCGACUACAGAAGUAACGUAGCGCCCAGCGAUUCGGAUCGUGAACUCACCUCGCGUCGUGACUCCGAUCAGCAGCGUCUGCAUGCACAUCAAACAUCCCAAGCUCAACAGCAGCAGCAGCAGCAGCCCAAUGCUGUGCCCAAGCUGGGACUCAUGGCACCCUCGGCGGACUCCGAAUCCGGUGGCAGUCAUUCGCCAUCGCCACGCGCUUCACGCAAACGCACCAAGCUACGCAAUCAGUCGUUGACCUCGCUCUGCAUUAUCUCGCAUCAUCCGUUCUUCACCACGUUUCGCGAAUGUCUGUUCAUUCUGAAGAAACUGAUCGAUGCCUGCAAUGAGUCCUCAUCGCCGAAGCGUGUCGGCGCCUCCCAAAAGAUCAAUCGCGAUAAUGUCUGGACCGUGCUGACGGGACAUGUCAGCGAGGCGACACCCUCCAUUGUCUUGCACGAUGUGCGUGAGAUCGAGACUUGGAUUCUGCGCUUACUCUCCACGCCCGUGCCGGUGCCAGGCUCCACGCGAGUCGAGGUGGAGGUGUUGUCACCCACUGUGCAUGAGCCGUUGCUAUUUGCAUUGCCCGAUCAUACGCGUUUCUCAUUGGUGGACUUUCCGCUGCACUUGCCGCUGGAGCUGCUGGGCGUGGAAACCUGCCUAAAGGUAUGGACACUGAUAAUGCUGGAGAACAAGGUGCUCUUUCAAUCACGCGACUAUAAUGCCCUGUCCAUGUCGGUCAUGGCAUUUGUCACAAUGCUAUAUCCAUUGGAGUACAUGUUCCCCGUUAUACCGCUGCUGCCCACCUGUUUGAGUUGUGCGGAGCAGCUGCUGCUGGCUCCAACGCCAUUUGUUAUAGGUGUGCCUGCUUCGUUUUUGAUAUACAAAAAGAAUUUUAGGCUGCCGGAUGAUAUAUGGGUGGUGGAUUUGGAUUCGACAAAGCUGACACCACCGACUGGCGGCUAUGAUGAAAUACCACCGCUGCCCGAACCCGAGGGUACCAUAUUGAAAAACCAUCUAAAGCAGGCUAUGCAACUUAUGGAUGAAGCUGGACUUGGUGCGCUGACUUCCAUGUCAGCUAACAAUCAAGCUGUCUCCUCACAGCAACUGUUGCCAUCGGUACGGGAUAGUUUACAGGAACCACCGCUACUAGGUGUCUCCCAGGUGCGUUUGUCGUUGACUACUCCGCCGCAUUCGGCGCAGGCAAGUCAACGGAACUCCGUCUCAGCCCAAGGUGCUUUAAUGAUGAGUCGCCAGGCGAGUCCAAUGAAUUCACCGGCGCUGAAUCCAUUUGUUUAUGGCACCGAUGUCGAUUCGGUGGAUGUGGCCACGCGUGUCGCCAUGGUGCGCUUCUUCAAUGCCCAGAAUACCUUGGCGAAUUUUGCGGAGCAUACGCGAACGCUGCGCUUAUAUCCACGUCCGGUGGUCGCUUUUCAGAUAAACAGUUUUCUGCGCUCGCGUCCGCGUGCCUCGGUGUUCCUCAAUCAGUUUGCGCGCACGCAGGCGGUGGAGUUCCUGGCCGAAUGGUCCUUGACGCCCACGAAUGUGGCAUUCCUGCGCGUGCAGACGGGUGUCAUGGAUCCCAUGCAGGUGGGCGAUAAGCCCAAAUGGUUUGCACACUCCUUAACGCCCAUACGCUUCUCGGUAUGGGACGAUGGCAGCUCGCUAAACGGGGCGCUGCGCUCGCUGAAGCAGCUCGAGUGCCAGCCGACAGAUGAGAGCGGCUCGGACUCGGAGGGCGCCGACAGCAGCAGCUCAUCGUAUAGCUCGCUCAGUGAUUUCGUUUCGGAGAUGGCUUCCUCGGAUUUGUCGCCCAGCUUGCACGACGUUUUCGGCUCCUACAAUCGACCGCAUGUGGUGCCGCAGACUCUGUCUUCCAAUCUGGAUCCGGCUCUGGUUUAUCAUCCGCCCAGUAAGCUGCAGUAUCCCGAGGGCCAGGCAGGUCACCAGGCCACCAGCAAAGAGGACGAAGAGCGCGCCGAUUCGCCAGUCUCCUCCUCCUCCAGUCGCUCCGACCUGAGUUCGCCCAGCUUCAAUCGCGACUCCGAAUUCGACUUUCAAGCCAAGGCAACGGCCACCACAGGCUCGCAGCCAGCCUUUGAGUUGGCCACACCGCUGGCCAUGCGCCUAGAGGCGACGAUUAAAAUGGCCAGCCUCGAAGCCGAGUCGGAUGCGGCUUCCACAGCAACUGGCAAGACCGUGGCCAACAAUAAAUUGCAGAAAAACACAAGCGAACUGGAACGCACUGAAAAGAAAAUACCACCUCCUUUAACACCGCCUGUGAAACAACCGAGCGUGACAAAUAUUCUGGCACGUACCGGCAGCUCUGGCUCCAGCUCGAGCAGUCCAGGACGCCAGAGCUCGCAGAGUUCGCUCUUUGAGAAUUUCGCAUCGCAUGCCAAGGAGCUGGUGCGGGAGACAACACGGCAGAGCAGUCAGGAAGGCAUCCUGGCACAUGUGGACAAGCAUGCACUGGACGAAGAUCUCGAUGACAAAAUGCGUCAUACCUUUGAAAAGUUUACGCUAAGUGCAAAGAAAGCGGCAGGUGAAGCCUCCAAACAGGCGCUAGAAGUGUCCAAGCAGGCGGCAGGCGUAAGCAAAAAUACAUUUGAAGAUCUCACCUAUGUCGGCAAGUCCACAUUGGGUGAUUUGACCAAAACGGCCAAGGAGGCGGCCACCAAGAAGGGCAUCAUUAAGCUGGACGAGCAUGGCGCAGUUGUUACACAAAAUCAGGGUCCAGGACAGAAUGCAUCCAAUUCACAGCUUGCAACGCAGAAGCAAUGCAUAACGAAGCCCGUGUGGAAGGGUAUGCUGAAGUGCGUGCAGGCCAUAGCUGGUGGCUUGGAUGUGACCUUUGGGAAUUUCGGUCUGGGCGGCAUGGCCUCAGUGUUUCAGCUAAUGGAGGUGGCGCACACACAUUACUGGAGCAAGGAGAUAAACGAAGGCAGCGACAUGUCCUCCAGCCUGUUGUCCAGCCAUGCAGCCAGUCCGUUGGGCAGUCGUGAGAAUCUGCGCUCACCCAGCAGUCCAAAUGGCUCGCAUUCGGGACUGGGCAGUGAAUGGGCAUCGCCGCAAGAAUCACGCAAGAGCUCAACGCACACGGCAUUGCCCACAACAGCGGCUCAGCGUCGUCUGUCCUCGGCGGACAGUCAGGAUGGGCAGUCGACAACGGAGAUGUUUAAGGAUAUGUUGUCGCAGAAGCGAAGUGCCUUGAAGAAUAUGCUAACGUCAUUCGAUUCGGAUGCUGCUGGCUCCACGGGUGCGCUCUCUGUGGUCAGCGAUCUGCUACCAGCUGGCAGUCUGAGCGUACGCAUGCCCUCCAGCUGCCGUUCCACUGUCUCAGACACCGAAUAUGAAAAUACUACCACAUCGAAAGAUUCGAAGAAGAGCACUGGGAAUUUAUGGUCGGGCAAAUCGACGCUUAGCGCUGGUUUUCGUUAUACGGGCGGACAUUUGAUAAAUACCUCGUCUUCACCAUCGCCGGAUAGUCCGCGUGUUUAUCUAUUCGAGGGUUUGCUCGGCAAGGAUCGUCUCAAUUUGUGGAAUCAAAUGCAGUUCUGGGAGGAUGCUUUCUUGGAUGCGGUUAGUCAGGAGCGUGAUAUGAUUGGCAUGGAUCAGGGACCCAUUGAAAUGAUGGAACGUUACAAAUCUUUGAGUGAAUCGGAACGCAAGCGCUUGGAACACGACGAGGAUCGACUAUUGAGCACUAUGCUGUAUAAUUUAACAGCAAUAUUGGUUAUGUUGAAUGUCACCAAGGAUGAAAUUAGACGCAAAAUACGCCGUCUGCUUGGAAAGUCUCACAUUGGACUCGUUUAUUCGCAAGAGGUGCACAAUGUAGUCGAUCAAAUAAAUAAUUUGAAUGGCAACGAUAUCGAUCUGAAGCCGUUGGGCUCACGUCUCUUGCAUCGUCAAAGCUUCACUGUACAUCAGGGCAUCGAUGUGAAUGGUCCGUUGCGUUUUAUGGAGGUGCGAGACGAUGGCUUGGUGCUGCGCUCGGUGGACGGCACUAUCGUGGAGCGCUGGUGGUACGAGCGUCUGGUGAAUAUGACUUAUUCACCAAAGACCAAGCUGUUGUGUCUCUGGCGUCGCAAUGGCGGACAAACGCAGCUGCAUAAAUAUUAUACACGCAAGUGCAAGGAGCUGUAUAAUUGCAUUAAGGAGGCUAUGGAGCGCGGUGGCACGCCCACAAAUGUGCCCGAAUUGGGUGGUGAGUUUCCAGUGCAGGAUAUGAAUACAGGCGAGGGAGGAUUGCUGCAGGUCUGUCUUGAGGGUGUCGGUUUGUUAUUCUCCAAUAGCAAGGAUUUCGAGUUUUUUGUGCGUUUGGAUCACAUACGCAAGUGUUUUACACAAAAAGGCGGCAUAUUCGUACUGGAGGAGUAUAAUCCCAAAACUCGCAAUCUAAUACAGCGUAAAUAUCAAUCGAGCAUGUCGGAUCAAAUAUGCUACUCGGUGCUGUGCGUCUUCAGCUAUGUCGCCGCUGGACAGGAUCAGAAGAAAAAUCCGGUAGUAAUAACGCCACAAAUUCAAGAUAUACAUGCGCAGCAAAAACAAAAGCAAAAGCAACAAACGACAGCAGCAGCAACAACAACAAGCAGCGGCAGCAGCAGCAGACAGCAAAGUGGCAACAUAACUAUUAAACAUACUGUGCCAAUGCAGAAGCCAACCAUAACAAUGUCCACAGUGCAGCCGCUGGCAAAGCUGCCAGCAGCAGCAGCAGCAGCAGCAGCAGCAGCAACAACAGCAGCCGCAACAACAACAGCAACUGUUGUUAGCUCAGCGCAUGGACAGCUGCCGCAGCUGCCGCCACGCGUGCCCUCACAACCUUCAACUGAAAGCUUGGCCAGCAUUAGCUCGCCACCGCCCAAAGUACGCAGCGCAGCACCGCCUGGACCACCGCCAGCCAUACCGCCACGCACGGGCGCCAUUGCACGCAGUGGUUCAGUUCAGGUGCAGCCCACACGCAGCUUUGUGCGUCAAGCUUCGGCCAACUCAACGCCACCGCAGUAUACGCCACAGCCGCCGCCCAAGUUUGUUAUACCCAAGCGACUAGCACGCGCCUCCACAUUGACAGUAGCACAAAGCGUCCAGCAGCAGCAACCACAAGCAGCAGCAGCACAGCAAUCGCAAACCCAAACCCAACAACAAUUGUUUACACAGCAGCGCGCUAGCUACGGCAGCGUGUCCGCUGCGUUGCAAUCCUUGCCAGAGUCGGGCGGCGGCGCCAGUGCUAGUCUAGCAGCUGGCACUGGUGCUGGCACCUCGCCUCAGGCACAUCGCAAGCACUGACGAAGAAGUUCGUUCUUCAAAUUUAGUGGCGGCGGCGGCGACGACGAUGGCGGCGGCGGUCCCAAUGGCGAGGCGCCGCAUCCGGCAGCGCAAAGACGCGACGUCUGUCGCACCAUUUGCAUACCUUGGCUAUAAGCUUGUGUUAUCCUUAGUUAAGUUCCUUUUGCGGCAGCGCAGCUAUUUAUUGUUCCUACACUAUAUACCAUAGUUAGCUUGAAAUUGAUUCUAGCUUGUGUUAAUUGUUAACUUAGCUGCUUUUAAAUGUCCAAACAAUAAUUAAUUGUUAAAACUUAAAUAUGCGCUGCAAGCAUUGAAAUAUGUAACUAAAUAGUUUAUUGAUUCAACAAGCGCUGCGAAUUUCAAUUUCAAUUUCAAUUUCAAUAUUUUAUUUGCAGUAUUUGCAGCGCUUGUUUUGCUAUAAUUAAGCUAUCAUAUCAAUAUUAUAUAUAGCAAGCUAGCCACUGUAUAUAGUAGGCAAUGAAUGUAUAAAUAAAAACCUGGGCACAAAAUACAAAUUCACACACACACACAAACAAUUGA